AUGCAAAUAAAAUACUUUUUGAUUUUAGGCGUCUUGAUUAAUGAGGCCUAUGCCUAUAAAGAAGCAAACUUGGCAAUAUUUUUUGGUUCGUAUUUUGUUGUUUUAUUGGGAAUUGCUAUAUAUAUAUUUUCUAUUGUAAGAAAACCAUAUCGUAAACCUGAAAAUUCAAGCAUAAAUGCUGCACAGAUUAGUUUGGACACUCAAGGGUAG